GUUGUGUGCGUGUGUGUAUCUGUCGCAGAAUUUGCAAUAUCUACAACUCGUUUUGUUGAAGAAAAUGUGCAUUUAAUAUCGUUAUUAGUGAAAAUAACCCCUUGUUGCUUAAUUAGUGAUAUUAUUUAGGUGUUAAAGAACAUUUAUUAGCAAUAUGAAUGCUAUGUCCAUGGAUAGGGACGAGCCUUCGUCGCUCCUGAGUUUUUCGUCAAACCACCCAUUGGAACAGUUUGUGCUUUUAGCAAAGGGUGCCAAGGGUUCUGGUGCUGCAGAACUGAUCAAACAAGUGCUCGAAGCCCCAGGAGUGCACGUAUUUGGCGAGCUGUUGGAAGUACCGAACAUCUUAGAGCUUGAAAAUGGUCCAUACGCGACUCACUUCAACACACUCAACCUCUUCGCUUACGGCACCUACAAAGACUAUCUAGACAACAAAUCUGACUACCUAGAGCUCACACCUGUUCAGUGCAAGAAACUCCAACACCUGACCAUUGCGACACUUGCUACGCAGGAGAAGCUGAUCCCAUACAGUGUGCUGUUAAAGGAACUCGAUAUUAAGAAUGUUAGGGAUCUGGAGGAUCUUAUUAUUGAAGCUAUUUACGCUGACAUCAUUCACGGUAAAUUAGACCAAGAAUGCAAACGCGUGGAAGUAGACGUGGCGAUCGGGCGAGACGCCCGUUUGGAGGAUGCCUCGGCCAUCGCUGACGUCCUAGCUGACUGGUGUAACUCGUGCGAGGCUGUGCUCAGCUCUGUGGACCGCCAUAUUCAGCGAGCUAACCAUCAUAAGCAGCGUGCUAUCAGACAUCAACAGACUAUUGAACAAGAGAUAAUAUUCCUCAAGAAGACCUUGAAACCUCAAGCCGACACGGAAGACUCUGCAUCAGGCGGCGGCUGCGACAACCACUCGGCGCCCAAGAAGAGCUCCGGCAAGGGCAAAAUCCCCCGCAACGCUCCCAAGUUUUGGCAGAAGAACACGUAGACGAUUUUUUAAUCUGAAUCAGCAUUGUGCAGAAAGGGGCUACCUCGAAUCACGUGUUACCUAUCUGUCACACUUGUAAAUUCGUACGUACAGUCUGGCAAAGAGUUAGAAAUGAAAAAGUGGUAACAUUGUCGUGUUGUUCCUUUCAAAUCAAUACUUAUGUAUGAGAUAACGAGAUCCUGUUUGCCAAGCUGUAGGUGUGACAGGGACACUUUGAGCGUGGUUAAUGGUAGGCCCUCAGGACUGUUUCUUCACAUCAUUUAUUCAAUAUAUUAUAACUAUGAUCUACUCUCUUCACGCCAAGCUUACAGGCGUAAGCGAUCUAAUGUAAAUCUUACUUGAAAGCGCUAAACCUUAUAGGUAACUUUUAAUAAGUAACGUUGCAGUAAUGACACCCUUCGGUGCUCUUGGCGUUCAAACGAGUUAAUAAAAGGUACUCGAAAAUAACUGAACAUUCACGUUUUGAUCAGAUAUUUGUGAGCACCUUGGCCGCUCCGAUAUAAAUGAUAGCGACUACACAAUUUUAACUUUAAAAAACCAUUGUACUGAGAUGACAGUUGUAGAAUGCACAAUGCUGUAUAUAACUGUAUGUAAUUGAUGUUCUUGUGAUAUAUAUCUGAUUGAAUAAAGUUUUAGGUAUUUGCUCUU